UAUGACUGCAGGCUGACAAUAAGCAAUAGAAAAAAAUUCCAUUACGGCAUCGCCAAAGGAAUGGACGACUGAUUACUUGGAGCAAUUGGAAAAUUGCAGCAUUUGUGAAAAGUGAAACAGUUUACCGACUCCUAUCUGGUUCCAUGCUACUCCUGGUAAUGUGAAGGAAUUCACAAGAUACAGCAGUAAAGUGAGUGCGUCGGGGGGCUGUGUCAGAUUUCGUUGGGCCGCGGAGAGUGAUGUGUGUUAGUGAGUGAAGUGCAGAUAAAGCGCAAAGAAGCAGCAUUGAAGCACAGAAUGUGCCGCAGCUAGUGAGCAUCGGUAGAAAUGUUGUGGAGUGGAAUGAAGAGAUAAGUGAUCUGUGCCCCCGUGUAACAGAGAGAGAGAGAGAGAGAGAGAGAGAGAGAUGUAAAGCACACGUGUGCUUUUGUGCGUUAAUGAUUUGCGGUUCAUCAGGUUCACCAAAAUAUACGUGGCAACACAGCAAAUAAUCUCAACCCAAAACCAACCGGCUUCGUUUUCUCUCAGCCCCCUCUGCAUCCUCCUGUUAUCAGUUGCAGGUCGAAAAUAAAAGUUUGCGCUGAGUAGCAAACAAAUAGUGUUGCCGAGAAGUGUUUCUUGUUGUGUUUGUGUGCGUGUGUGUCGGUCUGGUUGGUGGCUUGGUGCGUGUGUGCGAUUGGUACAGUGUUUGUGUGUAGUAUAGCUUGCCAGUAGUUGCUAUUUCCUGCCUCAAAACGGAUCAUCCUCGCAAACGGGGCAGCCCUCCUUCAUCGGUCACCGACGAGUCCUCGUUACCCUUGUCAGCGUCCGCCGGGGGCCGUGGGGGAGGAGGAGUAGGAGGAGGAGCUGGUGGUGGUGGCGGCGGAAGUGUUGCUGGGGGUGCUGGUAGAAGUGGUAGUGCGGGUGCUAGUGGAAGUGGUGCCGGGGGAGCAUCAGCAACAGCGGGCGGUGCAGCAGCUGUAGAAGGUGGGGCCAGAAGCAAGGGAAGAAAAGGGAGUACCGCAGGUAGUGGUAAAGGAGGAGGUGGUGGUGGUGGUGGUAAAGGUGCUGGAGGUGCUGGUGGUGCUACUGCUGACGGAAGUGUUGGCGUCGGUGACGCAGAUCGCAGCAGUGGUGGCGGUAGUUCGGCGGCCAGCCAUCGACACCAACCAGGAUACCAUCGCCAUCUGCAGCAAGCGUCAACGGCGGCGGGUAUAAACCCAACGGCAACGACUACGACGACGGGCUCAUCAUAUGAGAAGACCAAUAACAUGGCUUCAUCAAAUCACCGCGGUAUACAGAUUGGAUCCGCCUGGUUUCAACGCAAAAUCAACCUACGGCCGCAGCAUCGUGGCGUCCACCUGGUGACGGAGGAGAUUCUACGGCAGAUGCCCGAGCUUGGUCAAUUUUCUGUCGGAUUAUGUCACGUUCAAAUUUUGCACACAUCCGCCAGCUUAGCGUUAAACGAAAGCUGGGAUCCAGACGUAAGGGAUGAUAUGGAAAUGAUGUUAAACAAAAUAGUGCCCGAAGGUCUACCAUACAGGCAUUCUUGCGAAGGUCCAGAUGAUAUGCCCGCUCACGUAAAAGCCUGCUUUCUUGGAAGUUCACUGACAAUCCCAAUCACCGAUGGCAAAUUGUCACUCGGUACAUGGCAGGGUGUUUGGCUGUGCGAACAUCGUGACCACGCGGGCUCCCGGAAGCUGGUGAUAACGCUCUCCGGUUGUCCCCGGGAUUCAGCGCGAAGUCCCCUGUCGCCAGUGUCACCGAUCGCCUCCACCUCCAGUUAGGGACGGCCGCGCUCUGCUCGCGAUAGUCGGUAAUCGUGGGUUAGAGCGGCUUUCUGCUGUAAGGUCAACAAUUGUUCAACUGCAACUACAACAUCAACAGCAAUUUUAACCAAAUCAACAACAGCAACCACAACAAGAAAUACAACUAACGCGAACAGUAAUGCUACUACUACUAAUACCAUUACUAAACUAAAUAAUAACGCUACUUACGACACUACUUUUACUACUACAACUACUAAUACUAUCACUACUUCUAAAACUAUAACGGUAUCAAAUUGUAAUGGAAGCGAAUCUGUUUGAAAAGUGCUGAAUGAACAAAGCAAUUGAGGAGGAGCAAGUGGAAAACGGAACACAUUAAAACAGCUAGCGAGAUAUUUAACAAAAUAAAUAAAACUCUAUAAAAAACACCUUUGCUAUCGCUUUUCGACGAAUCGAAUAAGCGAAAGAAACAAAUGCAAAACUUUCCGCUAAUUGAUCAACCAAAGUUGAAAUUAGCAAUUGAAGAAAUAAAAUGGUGAAAACGCGACAGAAACAGAUAAAUGUUUGGCAAGCGAAAAAAUAACAAACUGCUAAAGCAUGGAGUAAGAAAACUAGCAAUGAAUUCAAUUGUUAAAGCAUUUUUUUAGAAGCGUUACAAAGCGAGCAAAGCAAAACAGCAACCUCCUGAUGCCGUCACUUUCACAAUUGCAAACAAACAAUAGAAUGAAUACAACUGAUACAAACUUAUCCUUCCAAGUGACGCGUGGAACAUAGAUGCUGGGUGCAUAAUUCUAGAGGAAUGCAAUUGUUACAAAUAAAAAAAAAACUUCAACUAAUGAGCGGUAGCAGCAACGCGUCGAGGAAAAUAAAUAGUAGCAUGGUGCGCAAUAAAUAAUCGCAAACGACGAUAGAGGAUUGGAACAAAUAUAGUUGCAGCAGGGUCAAAUUAAUAAGUGAAGUAAUUUAGGGAAUAGGUGUACGUGUGAGUGUAUAUGUGGGUGUUUUCUAAGUUUAAAUCAAGUUGGGACAUUCCUUUCGUUGUUUGAUGGAUAAUUUGUUGUCACGUUGUAAAUUGCUACUCAUAAAUGACCACACAUGUGCCGAUAAGUUAACGAAACUGUUACGGGGGGGAGGGUAGUCUGAUCUUUUGCUUUUGAUCAACACAUAGGGUUCUUAGUCUAGUAGUUUGCACUAGAAUCAUGUAAAUGCAUUCCUUGUGUGAAUCAUGUAAAUGCAUUCCUUGUGUUUAAAACAGUUUUAUUUACAGCGCAUUUUGAAUUGAAUUAUUGUUUGCCGGUCACACUUCAAAUCGAUACAGAAACACCACCACAGGGGCAUUUCAUGUGUGCUAUCGCUCUAGGAAUAUGUUAUCAAAACUAUUAAAAAUAUCAUUUAUUGUAAUUUCCUGCCGGGGACCAUAGGGUCACAUUUUUUAAAUUCCCCAUGCCCCAUUUCACAAAAAUCCACAGUCUUCACGAUCCUAUUAUUGUGCAAUCUAUACUAAUGUUGAAAUUCAAAUGAUAGGGAUCAAUUUUAUUACAUCGUUAGAAAGUUGUUUAUGAUUUUACAAUACAAAAAAAUGUGGAAUUAUGUUAUGACGUUUGAUUAUUACAAACUGCUGAUCUUGCCAGGGAAACGAAACAUCAUUGAACGAAUAAACGUAACCGUAAAGAACAUACAUUGGAAAAUGCUUAUUUGAUAAAAAUAUUUAAUGCGUGCGACGUGUCAAUAGAAAAAAAGGAUAAACAUUGUAUAUAGGACAACAUUUUUCAUACUUUCUGUGAUUUAAGUAAAAGCAGAAGAAAACUUCGUACGCAAAUCUUGUUCAAAUCCAGUUUAUCAUAAUGUUGUCGAGCAGAUUCGAUUUAUCAGAGAUAAUAGUGGCGUUAUUUUCAUUUUAUCAUCCAACACACGAUCAGUUUCCAUAUGGCUGAUAUAUUGGUAGCUUCUUGUGGUUUUUGCAUCCAACGAAUUUUAUGAACUUGAUGAAUGUCAUUUUACUGUCUCCUUUUCGAUGAAACACACAGAUUGGCGAUCUAAUUUGGAUUAAUUUGAGUUUUGUUACCGCAAUCGCUCAAAUGAUAAAUUGUUUCAAAUCCUAUUAUAAUAGGGUUCGUUGUUAGAGAUAGGUGGGUGUAUUGAUAACCGAACGAUCAAGAACGAUCGACCGUUGUGCGAAACCCGAUUGUUCGCUCGUUUUAGCUGAUAUUUGUGGCAUGCAAGAUCACUAUAAUUUGUGACAAAAUUUUAUGAGUUAUUUAGACAUAUUUGGGAUCAUUUCACGUUUAUGUUUUUGCAUAUAAUUUUAACUAUAGGAUCAUUUAAGAUCCGCUUAUGAUUGUUCUUUUUUAUCAAAUUCAUGAUGAACGAUUGCUCCCGACCGAUCCAUCUUCAGAACAGCUACCAAAGUGUCCGUUUUUUAGAGGAUUGUGAAGAAUUUUUUAAAAUGAUGUUACUUUAACUUCUCUUCACAGUUUCGUGUCAUGAUUGUAUGUCCUGUUAAGUGUACGUAUGAGUACCUAGCCAUCCCGUGGUGGUUUCAUUUUACUGCGCAAUCGAUUACGCUAACACAGAAUAAGCAAUCAUUAAUCACGCAGAAACGUAAUUGUUUCGCACUGUUAUCUGACCGACAUACUAGACCGUGGAUGAUGUUUCAUUGUUUCGUUAUUUCAAUAUCGCACAUUCUGUUACUGCACUAAACGGAAAGCACACACUUAGUGGUGGAUAGAGAUGGUAACACAGAAAGGAGGGGGGUGGGGGAAUGGGUGGUGGGGAGGGAGGAAGAAAUAAACCAACGCAGCAAUAAAUUUUAGAAAAGAUGAAUUCUAGAGCCAUUGAUGCCACACCGAAUGUGGGGUCUUACCGUGACGAACCUAAACAAUCCCUAUUGCUAAACGCAUUGCGUUACUAUUCCGCAUGAACUUCCUAACGUGAUCCGGGAUACAACCGCAAAAGUUGAAUGUUUACGGGACCGUGUUUACUUUGUGGACUGCGUCAACCGGCGUCGAAACAUCUUAAAUUACGAAAAUGAAAAAAUAAAAAAAAAUCAUUCAAAAAUGUACUUACAUUCAUUGACUCCACUGACACGCGUAUUAAACACGAAAACAAAAUUGAACUUAAUAAAACAUCACAUAAAGAGAAAGGCAUAUUGAAUUGGAUGCAAAUGAGGUAAACAAAAUUAAAAAAAUAAUCUUGGUAUGAGCUUUAAACACGAAAAAAAUAUAAUAAAGUAACAAGUAACUAACGUUAAACGAUUAGAUAAUGGCAUGCGCGUAUACAUUAACUAGUGAAAAUACAAAUUUAUCUCGAACAUUUAGGAGCUACCAUAGGGAGAGUUAAAGAAGCUAAAAAUGGUUGCUCUGCUCUGCUGCCGUACCUAUGUACACGCUAACAACAAACAUUUGUCGGGCCCUCGUCUAUAAAAUGUACGUAGCACGUAACCGUGUAACGAUGUUGAACUAAAUUCGGUUUAUUUCUUCUUUCUGUGUCUGUGAAUCCCUUGUUGGAAGGUUUAAAGUUUGUUAACGCAUACUAAAAAUUCAAUACAAUGAAAUCGAUCGUUUUGAGCAAAUAUGACACGUGCUUUUUACUUUACCUUCAUUUUACUUCACACAGCCGUAUGACAUUGUAUCGAAAGGAAAAUCCUGCAAUGCUGCUGGUAAAUGGUUGUUUGAGCGUGUGCAUUAGUGAAGACGGCAGCGACUAUAACGUGUUCAGGACUCCACUCUUUCUCGACAAACGGGGGUUCGAAGAGGUAAAGCAGAAAACAUUAAAUUCCAUCUACUCCAAUAGUGGAUCGAAAAAUAAUAAUAAUAAUCAUAAAAAGAGACGUAGAUAAGCGAAACUUAGCAGUAAACCAGAGGCACGAAAGAAAGGAACAAUCUUUUUGCAAGGCAAUUUAGUUGAAUUUUCUAGAACAGAGCAAUUAUUUAGCAUGUAAGUUACAAGGGUGGUAACUUUGUAAAGUUAUAAUAUUAUCAUAGGAUUGAAGAAGAAAGAAAACAAACCAUCCCCCAAGCGGGGGAUUUAAAGUAAAGCAACUAUGCACUAAUGGUACGCAUGGUUGGAAAUGGCGAAUAGUAAUAAACUUUCGGGGCCUGAUUUUUGCCGUUUUCCGUUGGACAAAAUAAACAGCAACAGCAAGAGGAUGAUGAAUGGUGCAAUAAAGAGCCCGUGGCUGGCUAGUUGGUUGGUUUUAAUUCAGUGCAAUGUUGAACGGCAGCUGAGCGGACAAAACGAGAGUUUCUUCCCCCUCGUUGUUCGGGUUCGGGCCGCGCCGAUGUGCCAUCAGCUAGGUUCUCGCUGCUGUUUGUAAAGCAAAAAGGUCGCUGACAACGGCAUUCAACAUUUUGCUGAACAUAAACCAUGGUGUAUAUGAUAGGAAAUCGUUAAUUAACACACACACACACGUACAUAGACAUUCAGUUCUGUUAUAUUGUUUGUAAUGGUGGAAAAAAAGUCAAUUUAUUUGAAUAUUAUCUAUAUUCGUAAUAGUUUGUUAGGUUUUGAAAUUAUUCCAUUUUUUUCACCCCCCAAAAACGCAUGUUUAUGGAUAUCCUCGAUAGAUAAACGUAAUAGGCUGCAACAGAAGAGCCAACGAAAGAAGCCUAUUUUAUAUACAUAUAUUGUAUACAUAUAGAAAGAACGUAUUGUGAAUCAAACCGCAAAGCUCGUUGCAUCUCAAUGGAACCAUAGGAGAACGAAUGUGUUAUAUAGAUGCAAAGUGAAGUUCGCCUCUCACUACUGUCUCUUGGACGGCAAACCGGAGAAAUGUGUUACGGAAGGAAGCGCGAUCGAGCGGUAGAAAACAAAACAAACCCAAACCAACAAACAACCAAACAAACAACACAUAAAAUACCAAAAGAAAUAAAUCCGUCGUCAGCAAGAGGAACGUAAUAUUCGAUGAACAAGAUGAAGAUAUUUUGUUUCCCAAUUCCCAAUUCCCCUUAUUGUUGCACCUCACGCAUAACAACGGAACGGAGUUGCCCUCCCUACUGAACCCCAGCAACACCCCCCCCCCCGAGCGCUGUGCCGGUAGGCGGACACACAGGAUAUGGUCUUUAUACUGCAUUGAGCUGUGUUUCCGCAAUGGUGCGCAAAAAGUUGAGCAUGCGGGCAUCGACUAUUCCAAAAGAGGUUCUACAUCCUUGCAUAAUUUGAAAAAAAGGCUUUUGCGCUGUAGUAUUUAAACACCCGUUAAAGCCGGCAAACGGGUUUGGGCAGCAAGGUGGAUAGGGAGGUGAGGGGGGAGUAAUGCGAUACAAUACAGGAAAAGCAGAUUUUCGGCAAGCAAAUAUUGAGGUAACAAAAAAAAAAAAAAACAAGAAACAAAAAAACAUGUAAAAAACGCAACCAAAACGAAAAGAUAUAAUCAAGCAAAAUCCAUUAUUUUGUAUACUAGUUAAUAUUGCGCGCGCAAUGCAAAUGCAAAAUUUCCGCCCUCUCUACCGAAUAAGCACAAUAGCUCUUAAUAUCCGGCCGUACGCUGUUCACACACACACACACACACACACACACACACACACACACACACACACACACACACACACACACACACACACACACAUAAUCACACACACACACCACACCGGUAGCGCAACACCCGUACACUCACUCAUCCACGUGCGCACUUGCACUCUUGCACAUACGCGCAACCACUUUUUACCGUAUGCUCAUAACGCAUGGUUACAAGGACUAAAGCGCCACCAAACACAAAACAGCUGGACACACACACACACACACAGGCCACGGAGACCAAUACGCACACAGACACAAACCGAUUAGCCAAUUUUGAAAGAACUGCAGCAACACCCGGCACGCAUGUUUUGCGCACUAUUUGCGCAUGUGUGUUCCGGUUAGCGCAUGAUAGUUGAAGCGACAACAGCACAGUGUAGUGUGUAGUGUAUCGCUGCUAUCAUCAUUUUCUACACCACACCAAAGCACACCGCUCGUCGAGCCAACUCGAAUGUCCAAACGCGUCCAAAGGUAGUAAAACAAACGUGUUUUCUUCGGAUUUUUCAUUUUUCAUUUGCUAUAGAGUAGCAGCAGAAGGUAGCACGGGAGAGGGAGAGGUGAAUAGGGUGGAAACAUGUGCUUAGUAGUCAUGUACAUAGUAUGGCGAAGAGCUAGUGGCGGUCCGGGUGUAAUGAUUGAAUGUUAUGCUAUUAGCACGUGGAUUGUUCUUGUUUUGAGGUGAACACGUUGAAAAAAUAUAUGGCUUCCUCUCAUUUAGAAGUCUUACUUUACUUGAUUCGAUUUUUCAUCACAGCAUCUUUGUGUUAAGCCUGUUGAAUGAGUCAAUCAAUCGCAAUAGUAAAACAAUAUUCAAUCGGAUCAUUCCCAACGUGUUGCGUUUGGUCCCAUCUCUCAUAGGCCGGUAGCGCGCAGUGGCGCGCAUAUACUCUCCAUUUCGAAGCCGAUCUAUGCUGUAGCGUAGCCAUUUGUUCUCUUGAUCUUUGUGUCCACGUACCCCGCACCACGCGCAUGUUCACUAUCGUCUCAUCGUCCACUCUGUUGUAACCCUCAUCGGCUCUCGUUGCAUUUGUGCUGCAGAUGUGCAGUGCAGCCACUUGUGCACCUGUGUCCCGUCCUGUUUCAUCAAGAGAGAUUUAUUCGUAUCUGCGGAAACUGUCUAAUCUAAUCGAGCUGAAACGAUGUUAGCCUUAAAGUCUUUAGAGAAGGAUGAAGAAGAAGAAGAGAAAAAAAAACUUUAGCUCGACAGAACGGCAAUUAAUACUAGAUUUCACUAAUAUUGCAUUGCAGCACCUAACGCGCAAUUACUGCUGAUGAGAGAGAGAGAGAGAGAGGUGGGUGGGUGUGUGUAGCUGACGACAGGGAGUAUGCGAAACAGGCCGGCAGUGUAAAGAGUAAAGAAAAAGGGGCAAAACUGUUAAAUAAAACGCUUGUAUUGUAUAAACGAUUAUAUGGUGCAAAUCGAAGGAAAGGGUGGUUUGCAAACACUUAUUUAUUGAUAUAUUUGAUUGUAGUUGAUGAAUUAUUUCUCCUAACCAAACAACCCCUCCCCUAAUUGCUAAAAGCAGCGAGUCUAUAGAAUCUCUAUUAUAAAGAAAUGAAAAGAAACAGGCCGAAGAAAAAUUCAAAAAAAAAAAAAGAAACCAUACACACAAAUGCGCACUGCCAAUUUGUAAACAAAAUAUUAUUACAAACUUUAAGAAGGUAUAUAUAGGCGGUUCACACAAACAAAGCAGCUGUGAACGCGAAUGAAUGAGUUUCACGAUGCAAAUAUAAGUGCAUUUGCAUAACGAUACUACUGUUCCGUUUGCAAAUCAAAACACACGUGUAGAAUUUAAAAGUUGAUCAUAAGAAAUAGUGUUUUUUUGUUUUGUUUUUUUUUUUUGUUCGUUGCCCCAAAAAUCGUAUUUAAAUAUCAUUAAUUUGAUUAACUUUUUAGCAAAAAAUAGAACGCUAAAACACGUUGUCCCGCAAAGUACGCAGCGCCUCGAAGUGCGUAUAUGCCAACUAAUGGAAAGCGACCGUUUUUGUGUUUCAUUGUGAUCAUUUAUAACACACCUCCACGUGUUAAGUGUUUUUUUUUUAAUUGCCGCUAACUCUCAAAACAGACCAUUCAUGAACGAUCAGCAACUGAUUAAAUACAAACAGUAUCAACACAGGGCCUGAAUACAUUGGGCCAAUAAAGUCCAAGAUACAUAUGUUGUUUUUUUCGGGUUAUUUUUGAACACCAGCAAAAGAAACAGCAAUGCAAAAACAAGCAGAAAAAAUGUAAAAAAAAAUCAACAACAAAAAAACACAGCAUUAAUUUCAUUAAGUAUACUCCGUAUUAAUAAUACCAAACAGCGCUCGCAAGUUAUUGAAAAUUAGAGAGAAAAAGAACAAACCAACAAAAAAAAAACAAGGUAACAAACAAAUUAAAAAGCUAGAAACAAAAACAAAACAAAACAUAACCGGCACUGUGGCUCCAGUUUUGGUGGGGUAAGCGGGGUGGGGUGGUUGGGGGGGGGGGGGGGUGAUUGAGGGAAUAGUAGUUAAAGAUUUGAAGCCGAAUUUGAAAGAAAAUUAAACAUAGUUACACUCAUGCACACAAAAUCGACAAUAUGUAAAUAGAUAAUGAGGAACAAAAUCUAUCUUAAAACUAAUAAAACUAGCUAACUAACUAGAAGAGGGGAAAGACGGAUCGAUUCCAGUUACAGAAGGGGCAUAAGGACGAAUAAUGACGCACACAUACACUCACACAAGCACAAACACACAUGCACAUACAUACAUGCAUACAUGCAUACGUUAACCCUUUCUUCGCUGUGGCACGAUCGUGGCUCCGUGGAUUGCUUACUUAAGGUCCUAAAGCUACACUCUUACUAGCCACGAUCACAUUUUAGGUAACAAUACUACUACUGCAAAAGAGAGCAGAAGAAACAAAGCAAAGCAAAUAAAGAGCAGACUUAGUAAGCUGUGGUGUGGUCGGAAACACAAACAAAACAAAAUUCAACAUUUUUUGUACAUAAAACUUAGUAAGCACUGUGUGUGUAUGUAUGUGCGUGCGUGCGUGUGCGCGCGUGUGCGUGUGUGUGUGAUUGGGCGUGUUAAUAAUAUGCGCAUUUGCACAGUGAAUACCUACGCUCUUAGUAGUAACAGAAUAGAUACCGAACGCAGCAGAACUGUGCAAAAUUCCAGCAAAAUACGUUGUUUUUCCUACACAUUUCAAAACAAAACAAACCAAAAACGAAUGCUUGAAAAAAUGUUACAAAAAUCACACAGCAAAAUCUGUUUUUCUUUUUCCUCGGUAUUCGGUCUAAAGUACGUAUUUAAAGCGGAGGAAGAAAGUCUACGACAAGUGUGAGCGCGCACGGUCGAUUGUCAGUAUCGGACAGAGGGCACACUGGGAGCCACUUAGUAGGCAGGGAGGGUGUUUGUUGCUGCCUUCGUGAGAGCGUGCGUGUGUGUGUGUGCGUUUGAGGAGAACGCGAUGGCAAGCGACAUGAAAGCGCAACGUAAAUAAGCAAAUAAAGCAAGAAACACUUGAACAGCAAUGAAAAAGUAGUAAACAUUACAAUAACGAUAGAAUGAAACGCUACUACCCAAACACUCUCUAACAUUAAGGAGACGCAUUAUUUUGGGCGGAAGGAGUGAAUCUAACUAACAAAAAGUAAAGAAAACAAACAAAACAAAACCAAAAAAAGCGCAACAGUCAAUAGUGUCACACAAAAAGUAUAACACACACACACACACAUACACAAAACCAAGCGGAAAAAAUAAUAGUGAUCCAGUAGUGCCACGCACGGACGAUAGUUUGUACCCAGGUCUCUGCUACUGCGCGUGUUUACGUAUAACGGCAGAACGCGCGGGAACGCGAAGGCGUAAACGACGUGGAGUGUGUAGAGCAAACAACUAGAGAAGUACCACAGAUGAUGUGUAUUAUUAUUAUUAUUAUGGCCUUUUUGUUUUUGGAGUUUUGGGGGUUCAACACCAGCCGCCUGGAUUUACGUUUUUGAAAUGCCGAGUCCAAACUUUCGUAACCAAAGUACUCUUUGCUGCUCUCUAAGAUACUACACAGAUAAGGGUGGGAUAAGGGAGGCGGCAGCAGUAAGCGAAACUUAAAAAUAAUAAUAAAGAAAAAAAAACAAAAGAAUGAAAUGCCAGCGGAAGGGAGUGAGUUAAUAUUAGAAUAAACGAAAAGCAAAUAAACAAACGCAAAAAAACACUGGUCGAAUUAGAAGAAGAAUAACGCAACAGAGGAACAUAAAGAAGGCAGAACAGAUAUGAUGAAUUAAAGGAAUACUUUGAGGAGGAGAAGCAGAAGUGGAUCAAAGAAAACGAAAAUAAUGAAAAAAUAAACAAAAUAUUGAAAAAAAAAACCAUUUGUCCGUGUUUUAAGUGAUUCAAUUGUUGCGAUUGUUCUUUUCGCAGCAAAGCAAAACUACCACAAUCAAACACACACUAGUAGUAGCGCUGGUUGUUUUGUUUGUUCGUUUUUAUUUUUCAUAAUUUCAUCUUCCAUUACACAUAAAUAAAAAUAUCUACUACAUACUUUUAUUUAUUUUAGUUUCCUCUCUGAAACUGUUUUCCAUGUUCAGCAGCGCGCGCGCAAAACAAUUGAAUCUUUCAACUGCCGGAGCAGCAUCAAUGCGCAGCCAUCAUCCCACAUUACUACCACCCACCGAACGGUCUCAUCACUGAUGAAAGCUCAAACUGCUGCACGUUUCUUUCACUGGACACUCUCAAUUUGCUGCUUGCUACACUACAUGUGCUCGUCCCUUUUACUUUAAACGACGCUGCCCGUCGCUGCCGCAACUACUGAGCGUUUCCGUUAUCAAAUGGUGUGAUUAAAUUAAACGCAUUGUUUAGCAUUGGUUUAGUAGCGCAUUGCUGAAUCUCGCUGAAUUUUUACGUUUGGUUGUCGAUUUUAAGUUGAUUGAUUCUUUGCCAUGUUGCUGUGCUGUGCAAAAUGCUCCUCAACGCAUGUUUGAAUGAGAAUUUUGGGCUCAGAGCGGAGAGUGGAAAAUGUUGGUAAAGUUUUAUUACAACUAUUGUUACAGAGUGUUCAUUUUAACUGGUUUUCUUGUCCUCUUUUAAGGGGGGGGGGGGGG